AUGAUCCAAGAAAAGAUGAAAGCUUCGCAGAGUCGACAGAAGAGCUAUGAUGACAAGAUGAGUAAAACACUUGAGUUCCAGGAGGAAGAUCAUGUGCUCUUGAGGGUUACUUCGGUUAUUGACAUUGGUCAUGCGUUGAAGCCUAAGAAGCUUACGCUGCAUUUCGUGUCGCAGUUGAGGAAGUAUAUUCCUGACCCGUCUCAUGUGAUUCAAGUGGACGAUGUGCAAGUUAGAGAGAAUUUAACCAUUGAGACAUCUCCCUUGAGAAUAGAGGAUCGCGAAGUGAAGCACUUGAGGAGAUUACACUGGUGA